UGAAAAUAUGGAAUUCAAAAUCUAAUUUAUUCAGAGUCGUGUUUGCUCUGGUGUCCUCGUGGUGGCGCUGCUCGGUGCUGAAACGGGUUUAACGGUCCUCCAGCAGAGGGCGCGCUGCGGCACCGCACGCUCAUCUGCAUAGCCCCGCCCUCUGAGUAUGUCAGCCGUCCAAUGAGAACGCGGCAGGAGACACCCGUUACACCCGCAUCAGAGCCGCCGCCGCCGCCGCCUGAGAGCUUCAUCUGUCCGGUGAGAGGCUCCGAACCCGCGCCGAACCAUGACGGACGGCGAAGCCGAAGAUGAGAUCCAGUUCUUACGGACCGACGAUGAGGUGGUCCUCCAGUGCUCCGCGAUGGUCCAUAAGGAGCAGCAGAAGCUCUGUCUGGCUGCCGAGGGCUUCGGGAACAGACUGUGUUUCCUCGAGUCCACAUCAAACUCAAAGAACGUUCCUCCGGAUCUGUCCAUAUGCACGUUUGUGCUGGAGCAGUCGCUGUCUGUACGAGCGCUGCAGGAGAUGCUGGCUAACACCGAGGAGAGAGCGGAAGGGCUCAUAGACAUGGAGAAAUGGAAAUUCAUGAUGAAGACGGCGCAGGGCGGAGGCCACCGGACGCUGCUCUACGGUCACGCGGUCUUACUGAGACACUCCUACAGCGGGAUGUAUCUGUGCUGUCUGUCUACGGCUCGCUCAUCCACCGACAAACUAGCGUUUGACGUGGGGCUUCAGGAAGACACGACAGGUGAGGCGUGCUGGUGGACCAUCCACCCGGCGUCCAAGCAGAGGUCAGAGGGUGAGAAGGUGCGAGUGGGUGAUGACCUCAUCCUGGUCAGUGUGUCGUCUGAACGAUACCUGCACUUGUCGUAUGGUAUCAGCAGUUUGCACGUGGACGCAGCUUUCCAGCAGACGCUCUGGAGCGUGGCUCCGAUCUGCUCCGGCAGUGAAGUGGCUCAGGGCUUCCUGAUUGGUGGAGAUGUUCUGCGGCUGCUGCAUGGUCACAUGGACGAGUGUUUGACCGUCCCGUCAGGAGAACACGGAGAGGAACAGCGCAGGACGGUGCAUUACGAGGGUGGAGCCGUGUCCAUCCACGCCAGAUCCCUCUGGAGGCUGGAGACGCUCCGAGUGGCGUGGAGCGGCAGUCACAUCCGCUGGGGUCAGCUGUUCCGGUUGCGUCACGUGACCACCGGGAAGUAUCUCAGCAUGAUGGACGAUCAAGGACUCCUGCUGAUGGACAAGGAGAAUGCGGACGUCAAAUCAACAGCUUUCUGCUUCCGUUCCUCAAAAGAGAAGCUGGACUUUGGUCUGAGGAAGGAGGUGGAUGGGAUGGGUGUCCCAGACAUUAAAUACGGCGACUCGGUCUGUUAUAUCCAGCAUGUGGACACUGGGCUCUGGCUCACGUACCAGUCUGUGGACGCCAAGUGUGCGCGAAUGGGCGGAGUUCAGAGGAAGGCACACACACACUCACUCACACACAAACACUCACACACGCACACUCAAACACACACACACACACACUCACUCACGCACAGAGUGUUUUAUCUGUUAACGAUCCUGUCCCUCCUCCCUGUGUGCAGGGGUCUAGACACUCUGAGUAAGAAGGGAAAGACAUCCACCCUCGAUCUGCCCAUCGAAUCAGUCAGUCUGAGUCUUGAGGAUCUGAUCGGAUACUUCCAGCCGCCUGACGAACACCUGGAGCACGAGGACAAACAGAACCGCCUGCGAGCGCUCAAGAGCAGACAGAACCUCUUCCAGGAGGAGGGAAUGAUCAACCUGGUGCUGGAGUGUAUCGAUCGUCUGCAUGUGUACAGCAGUGCGGCUCAUUUUGCAGACGUGGCCGGUAAAGAGGCUGGAGAAUCCUGGAAGUCCAUCCUGAACUCCCUCUACGAACUCCUGGCUGCUCUGAUCAGAGGAAACAGGAAGAAUUGUGCUCAGUUUUCCGGCUCGCUGGAUUGGCUAAUCAGUCGUCUGGAGAGGCUGGAAGCGUCAUCUGGGAUUCUGGAGGUUCUGCACUGUGUUCUGGUGGAGAGUCCGGAAGCUCUAAACAUCAUUAAAGAGGGACACAUCAAAUCCAUCAUCUCACUGCUGGACAAACACGGACGCAACCACAAGGUGCUGGAUGUCCUGUGUUCUCUGUGUGUGUGUCACGGUGUGGCCGUUCGCUCCAAUCAGCACCUGAUCUGUGAUAACCUGCUGCCUGGCAGAGACCUGCUGCUGCAGACGCGACUCGUCAAUCACGUCAGCAGCAUGAGGCCCAACAUCUUCCUGGGCGUGAGUGAAGGCUCCGCCCAGUACAGGAAGUGGUAUUAUGAGCUGAUCGUGGACCACGUGGAGCCGUUUGUGACGGCCGAAGCCACUCACCUGCGGGUGGGCUGGGCCUCAACACAGGGCUACGGGCCGUAUCCGGGCGGAGGAGAGGGCUGGGGCGGGAACGGCGUCGGGGACGACCUCUACUCAUACGGCUUUGAUGGACUACACCUGUGGGCAGGUUGCGUGGCGCGUUCGGUCAGCUCACCCAAUCAGCACGUGCUGCGGGCUGAGGAUGUGGUCAGCUGCUGUCUGGAUCUCAGCGCUCCCAGCAUCUCCUUCCGCAUCAACGGCCAGCCGGUCCAGGGAAUGUUUGAGAACUUCAACUCAGACGGACUCUUCUUCCCCGUCGUGUCCUUCUCCUCUGGAGUCAAAGUGCGCUACCUGUUGGGCGGUCGUCAUGGAGAGUUCAAGUUCCUGCCUCCAUCUGGCUACGCUCCAUGUUUUGAGGCCGUUUUACCACGAGAGAAGCUGCGUGUGGAGCACAGUCAGGAGUACAAACAUGAUCUUGGGAGAACACGCGACCUCCUGGGACCCACAGUCACACUGUCACAGGCGGCCUUCACGCCAACACCAGUGGACACCAGUCAGAUCGUGUUGCCUCCACAUCUUGAGCGGAUCCGGGAGAAGCUGGCAGAAAACAUCCAUGAGCUGUGGGUGAUGAACAAGAUUGAGCUGGGAUGGACCUACGGAGCGGUGAGAGAUGAUAAUAAACGGCAGCAUCCGUGUCUGGUGGAGUUCUCCAGACUUCCUGAACAAGAGCGCAGCUACAACCUACAGAUGUCUCAGGAGACGCUCAAGACUCUUCUGGCGUUGGGCUGUCAUGUGGGAGUGGCGGACGAACGAGCCGCAGAGAAAGUCACAAAUCUGAAGCUUUCAGCAAAAUACCAGCUGUCCAGCGGGUAUAAACCGGCCCCGAUGGACCUGAGCCACAUCAAACUGGCGUCUACCCAGGAGGCCAUGGUGGACAAGCUGGCAGAGAACGCUCACAACGUCUGGGCGCGAGACCGCAUACGACAGGGCUGGACCUACGGCGUCCAGCAGGACAUCAAGAGCAAGAGAAACCCUCGUCUGGUUCCUUACGUUCUUCUGGACGAGAGGACCAAGAAAUCAAACAAGGACAGUCUGCGGGAAGCCGUGCGGACGCUGCUGGGAUACGGAUUCAACCUGGAGGCCCCGGAUCAAGACCACGCGGCCCGAGCAGACGUGUGUAAUCCGUCUGCGGAGCGCUUCCGGAUAUUCCGAGCGGAGAAGACCUACAGCGUGAACGGAGGGAAGUGGUACUUUGAGCUGGAGGUGGUGACGGCAGGAGAGAUGCGGGUGGGCUGGGCGAGACCCGGCUGUCUGCCGGACCUGGAGCUGGGCUCAGACGACCAGGCCUUCGUCUUUGAUGGAUUCAAGGCUCAGCGCUGGCAUCAGGGCAACGAGCACUUCGGCCGCUCCUGGCAGUCUGGAGACGUGGUGGGCUGCAUGGUGGACAUGAACGAACGCACCAUGAUGUUCACGCUCAACGGAGAGGUGCUGCUGGACGACUCCGGCUCUGAACUCGCCUUCAAAGACUUCGAAGUUUGGGAAGGUUUCAUCCCGGUCUGUAGUCUGGGUGUGUGUCAGGUGGGCCGUAUGAACUUUGGGAAGAACGUGAGCACGCUGAAGUACUUCACCAUCUGCGGCCUGCAGGAGGGCUACGAACCCUUCGCCGUCAACAUGAACCGCGAUCUGACCAUGUGGAUCAGCAAACGGCUGCCUCAGUUCAUCCCCGUCCCGCUCAACCAUGAGCACAUCGAGGUCACGCGGAUCGACGGGACGGUGGAGAGCCCGCCGUGCCUAAAGGUCACCCAGAGGUCGUUCGGCUCACAGAACAGUAGCACAGACAUCAUGUUCUAUCGUCUCAGCAUGCCCAUCGAGUGCUCGGAGGCGUUCCUGCGCUCGGCCAGCGGCAGCUUCUUCUCUCCCAAGAGAGAUCUGGAGGACUUCGAGACGGUGUCGGACUUUGAGGUCCUGAUGAAGACGUCACACAGUCACAUGAGCUCGAACGGACCCGACAGAGAGCGAGACGAGUUCAACAACCACAAGGAUCAUAAUCAGGAGAAACCCUCCAAAAUCAAGCAGAGGUUCAUGUUGAAAAGAACGAAGCCUGAAAUGACCAGCAGUAACUCCAGCGCUCGUCUGUCAGAGGAGGUUUUGGCUGAUGAGAGAGACGACUGUGAGAAUCUCAUACAGACAUCAGCGUAUUAUUACUCGGUGAGGAUCUUCCCCGGCCAGGAGCCAUCCAGCGUGUGGGUCGGCUGGGUGACCUCAGACUUUCAUCAGCACGACCCGGCCUUUGAGCUCAGCACGGUCCGAAUGGUCACCGUUACCCUGGGAGACGAGAAGGGCAAAGUUCACGAGAGCAUCAAGCGCAGUAACUGCUACAUGGUUUGGGGCGGCGAGUGCAGCAAUCCCAGUCAGGGCCGCAGUAAUAACGGGCUGGAGAUCGGGUGUUUGGUAGAUACAGCCAACGGCCUCCUCACCUUCACCUCCAACGGCAAAGAGCUCAGCACCUUCUACCAGGUGGAGCCCAGUACUAAACUUUUCCCUGCAGUGUUUGCGCAAGCAACCAGUCCAAACGUCUUUCAGUUCGAACUGGGACGCAUCAAGAGCGUCAUGCCGCUUUCUGCAGGUCUGUUUAAAAGCGAGCGGAAGAACGCGAUUCCUCAGUGUCCGCCGCGGCUACAUGUGCAGUUCCUCACACCUGUGUUAUGGAGCCGUGUUCCCAAUCAUUUCCUGAGGGCAGAGGUCACCAGGGUCAGUGAGAGAUUGGGCUGGAUGGUGCAGAGUUCAGAACCACUGCAGUUCAUGACGCUCCAUAUACCUGAGGAGAACAGGUCUCUGGAUAUCCUGGAGCUGACGGAGCAGAGAGAGCUGUUGAAGUUUCACUACCACACGCUGCGCUUGUAUUCGGCCAUCUGUGCUCUGGGGAACAACCGUGUGGCUCACGCGCUCUGCAGUCAUGUAGACGAGGCGCAGCUCCUCUACGCCAUCCAGAACAAAUACAUGCCGGGCCUGCUGCGCACCGGAUACUACGACCUGCUGAUCGACAUCCACCUGAGCAGCUACGCCACCGCGCGCCUCAUGAUGAACUCCGAGUACAUCGUGCCCAUGACGCCCGAGACCAAGAGCAUCACACUCUUCCCCGACGAGAAGAAGAAGCACGGGCUGCCGGGGAUCGGCCUGAGCACCUCCCUGCAGCCGCGCAUGCGCUUCUCCUCGCCCAGCUUCGUGGGCGCCGUCGGCGGUCACCACGGUAACGGCGCGGUCGCCGGGGGCGACUGUUUCCAGUACAGCCCCGAGUUCCCGCUGGAGGCGCUGAAGAGCCGCACGAUGGAGAUGCUGACGGAGGCGGUGCGGGAGGGAAGCUUGCACGUGCGUGACCCCGUGGGCGGCAGCACCGAGUUCCUGUUCGUCCCUCUCAUUAAACUCUUCUACACGCUCCUGAUCAUGGGCAUCUUCCACAACGGAGACCUGAAGACCAUCCUGCAGCUGAUCGAGCCCAGCGUCUUCUCGCAGGACUCCGGGGUGGAGAGCGGAGGCGGGGCGCCGGAGGCGGAGGACGACUGUGGGCGGGGCCAGCUGGAGGGGGGCGGGGGCGAGGAGCACCGCCUGAGAGGAAAGAAGAUGCUGACGGAGGCGGUGCGGGAGGGAAGCUUGCACGUGCGUGACCCCGUGGGCGGCAGCACCGAGUUCCUGUUCGUCCCUCUCAUUAAACUCUUCUACACGCUCCUGAUCAUGGGCAUCUUCCACAACGGAGACCUGAAGACCAUCCUGCAGCUGAUCGAGCCCAGCGUCUUCUCGCAGGACUCCGGGGUGGAGAGCGGAGGCGGGGCGCCGGAGGCGGAGGACGACUGUGGGCGGGGCCAGCUGGAGGGGGGCGGGGGCGAGGAGCACCGCCUGAGAGGAAAGAUGCCCAAAGAAGGACUUCUGCAGAUGAAGCUUCCUGAACCCGUCAAACUGCAGAUGUGUCACCUGCUGCAGUACCUGUGCGACUGUCAGGUGCGUCACCGCAUCGAGGCUGUGGUCGCCUUCUCCGACGACUUUGUGGCGAAUCUUCAGGAGAACCAGCGUUUCCGCUAUAAUGAAGUGAUGCAGGCGCUGAACAUGUCUGCUGCUCUGACGGCACGCAAAACCAAAGAGUUCCGCUCUCCUCCGCAGGAACAGAUCAACAUGCUGCUGAAUUUUAAGGAUGAGAAGCAGGACUGUCCGUGUCCAGAGGACAUCCGUGAACAGCUGCUGGACUUCCAUGAAGAUCUGAUGACACACUGUGGUAUCAGUGAUCGAGUCUAUGACAUCAUGAAUAACAAGGUGUUCUACCAGCAUCCGAACCUGAUGAGAGCGCUCGGCAUGCACGAGACCGUCAUGGAGGUGAUGGUGAACGUCCUGGGUGCAGGAGAGUCCAAGGAAAUCACGUUUCCGAAGAUGGUGGCCAACUGCUGUCGGUUCCUGUGCUACUUCUGUCGGAUCAGUCGUCAGAAUCAGAAAGCCAUGUUUGAUCAUCUGAGCUACCUGCUGGAGAACAGCAGCGUGGGCCUCGCGUCUCCGUCUAUGCGAGGUUCCACUCCUCUGGAUGUGGCCGCCGCGUCUGUGAUGGAUAAUAAUGAACUGGCUCUGGCGCUGAGAGAGCCGGACCUCGAGAAGCAGCUCUGCUUUACGCUGAUGAUGAAGUCUGUGUUUCUGCGUGUCUGUCCUGCAGGCAUUGAGACGGAUGAUGAUAAAUCAGGAGAUGGAGAUGAUUUCACCAUCAGGGGUCGUCUGAUGUUUCUGGUGGAGAAGGUGACCUACCUGAAGAAGAAAAUGACUGAAAUACCAAAGAAGAAGAAAUCAAAGAAACCCAGCACCUUGCAGCAGCUGAUCUCGGAGACGAUGGUGCGCUGGGCUCAGGAGUCGGUCAUCGAGGAUCCCGAGCUGGUGCGGGCCAUGUUCGUGUUGCUCCACCGGCAGUACGACGGCAUCGGCGGCCAGGUGCGAGCGCUGCCCAAGACCUACACCAUCAACGCCGUCUCGGUGGAGGACACCAUCAACCUGCUGGCGUCUCUGGACGGUUCUGUGAUCGAGCCGGACAUGUCAGCGGGAUUCUGUCCUGAUCACAAAGCGGCCAUGGUUCUGUUCCUGGACCGCGUUUACGGCAUCGAGGACCAGAACUUCCUCCUGCACCUGCUGGAAGUGGGCUUUCUUCCUGACCUCAGAGCCGCCGCCUCAUUGGACACGGUGGCUCUGAGCGCGACAGACAUGGCGCUGGCUCUGAACCGGUACCUGUGCACGGCGGUCCUGCCGCUGCUCACUAAAUGCGCUCCUCUGUUCGCCGGGACGGAGCCGUUCGCGUCUCUCAUCGACUCUCUGCUGCACACCGUCUACAGGCUGUCGAAAGGCUGCUGUCUCACCAAAGCGCAGAGAGACGCCAUCGAGGAGUGUCUGCUGGCUGUGUGCGGUAAACUGCGUCCCUCGAUGAUGCAGCAUCUGCUGAGGCGUCUGGUGUUUGACGUUCCUGUGCUAAACGAACACACUAAGAUGCCUCUGAAGCUCCUGACCAAUCACUACGAGCGCUGCUGGAAGUACUACUGUCUCUCCGGAGGAUGGGGAAGCUUCGGCGCCGCGUCAGACGAGGAGCUGCAUCUGUCCAGAAAGCUCUUCUGGGGGAUCUUUGAUGCUCUGGCCAGAAAGAAAUAUGAGGUGGAGUUGUUCAAGCUGGCGCUGCCGUGUCUGAGCGCGGUGGGUGGAGCUUUACCUCCUGAUUACAUGGAGUCAAACUACAUGGCCAUGAUGGAGAAACCGUCGUCUAUGGACGCCGAGGGAAACUUCAACCCGCAGCCCGCCGACACCAGCAGUGUUGUUGUUCCUGAGAAACUCGAUCAUUUCAUCAAUAAAUAUGCAGAAUACUCCCAUGAGAAAUGGUCCAUGGAGAAGUUUGCCGUCGGCUGGGUUUAUGGAGAGCAGAUGUGUGAAGCAUCUAAAGUUCAUCCGCUGCUCAAGCCCUACAAAUGUCUGUCUGAGAAGGAUAAGGAGGUGUACCGCUGGCCAAUCAGAGAGAGUCUGAAGACGAUGCUGUCGUGGGGCUGGAGCAUCGAGCGGAUGAGAGAGAGCGACGCGUCCACGUUACACAACCGCACGCGCCGGAUCUCUCUGUCCAGUCAGCGCUCCAUAGAGGGCGCUCACGGUUUCAGCCCGCGGCCCGUCGACAUGAGCAACGUGACGCUGUCCAGAGACCUGCAUACGAUGGCGGAGCUGCUGGCCGAGAACUAUCACAACAUUUGGGCUCAGAAGAAAAAACUGGAGCUGGAAUCCAAAGGAGGAGGCAGUCAUCCAUUACUGGUUCCUUACGACACUUUAACUGCCAAAGAGAAAUCGAAAGACCGAGAGAAAGCACAAGACAUCCUCAAGUUCUUUCAGAUCAACGGAUACAGCGUCUCAAGGGCUAUGAAAGAACAGGAUCUGGACGCUCCGUCCAUAGAGAAACGCUUCGCGUACACGUUUCUGCAGCAGCUGAUCACGUAUGUGGAUGAAGCUCACGCACACAUGCUGGAGUACGAUGCUGGAGUUCGACCGAAAGGAGAGAAAAUCCUCCACGAGCAGCAGGUCAAAUUCUUCGGGAAGGUUGUGCUGCCGCUGGUGGACCAGUACUUCAAAAACCAUCGGCUCUACUUCCUGUCCACCGCCGUUCGACCAAUCAGCAGCGGCGGCCACGCCUCCAAUAAAGAGAAGGAGAUGGUGACCAGCCUGUUCUGUAAACUGGCCGUUCUGGUGCGGCACCGGAUCUCACUGUUUGGGAAUGAUGCCACGUCCAUCGUGAACUGCCUGCACAUCCUGGGACAGACGCUGGACGCCAGGACUGUGAUGAAAACCGGCCAGGACUCUGUCAAAGCAGCUCUAAGGGCGUUUUUUGACAACGCAGCAGAAGAUCUGGAGAAGACGAUGGAGAACCUGCGGCAGGGUCAGUUCACACACGCGCGCACGCAGCCCAAAGGAGUGACGCAGAUCAUAAACUACACGACCAUCGCUCUGCUGCCUGUCCUCUCAUCGCUGUUCGAACACAUCGGACAGAACCUGUUCGGAGAGGAUCUCAUACUGGAUGAUGUCCAGGUUUCCUGCUAUCGGAUUCUGAACAGUUUGUACUCACUUGGAACCAGUAAAAGUAUUUAUGUUGAGAGGCAGCGUCCGGCUCUCGGCGAGUGUCUGGCUGCGUUUUCGGGUGCGUUUCCUGUGGCCUUCCUGGAGCCCAGUCUGAACAGACACAACACUUUCUCCAUAUACAACUGCAAAAGCUCCCGAGAGCGAGCAGCGCUGGGUCUCCCCGCUCAGGUGGAGGAGGUGUGUGCUCUGGUGCCGUCUCUGGAGCGAGCGCUGGAGGAGAUCAUGGAGCUGGCUGAGUCUGGCAUGCGUUACACACAGAUGCCUCACGUGAUGGAGGUGCUGCUGCCCAUGCUGUGCAGCUACAUGUCUCACUGGUGGGAGCACGGACCCGAGAGCAUCCCGGAGCGCGCCGAGAGCUGCUGCACCUCGCUGACCUCCGAACACAUGAACACGCUGCUGGGAAACAUCCUCAAGAUCAUCUACAACAACCUGGGCAUCGACGAGGGAGCCUGGAUGAAGAGACUCGCAGUGUUUUCUCAGCCCAUCAUCGGUAAAGCCAAGUCUCAGCUGCUGAAGACUCACUUCCUGCCGCUGAUGGAGAAGCUGAAGAAGAAGGCGGCGACGGUGCUGCAGGAUGAGGAGCAAAUGAAGGCGGAGGGCAGAGGCGAGAUGUCCGAGUCUGAGCUCCUCAUUCUGGACGAGUUCACCGUCCUGGUGCGAGACCUGUACGCCUUCUACCCGCUGCUCAUACGCUUCGUCGACUACAACAGAGCGAAGUGGCUGAAGGAGCCGAACACUGAGGCGGAGGAGUUAUUCCGUAUGGUGGCCGAAGUCUUUAUAUUCUGGGCCAAAUCACAUAACUUUAAAAGAGAAGAGCAGAACUUUGUGGUUCAGAAUGAAAUCAACAACAUGUCCUUCCUCAUAACUGAUACCAAAUCCAAGAUGUCCAAGGGAGCCGUGUCGGAUCAGGAGAGGAAGAAGAUGAAGAAGCGCGGUGACCGAUAUUCCCUCCAGACGUCUCUGAUCGUCGCCGCUCUCAAGCGCUUACUUCCUGUGGGACUGAACAUCUGCGCACCGGGAGACCAGGAGCUGAUCGGACUCGCCAAGAGCCGCUUCACACAGAAAGACACUGAGGACGAGGUGCGAGAGACCAUACGGAACAACCUCCACCUGCAGGGAAAGUACCGCACUUUACAUUUCAAAAAGCUGGUCAAGAGACUCAUCAUCAUCUUAAAGUGGAUGAAGUGUCAUCAGUCUAAAGCCACGGGUCCAGAAAUCCCGCCUCACAAACGUGUCACGCAGCGUCCCGCGCGAACAAACCCGUCCCUCCUGAAGAAGGCCUCGUAUGUGGACUUCACCUCUAAACAUGUGAAAGCUCCUCUGAAGCAGAUCGAGCCGCACAGAGACGCCCACAUCAGCCGCAGAAACGUGUUUGCAUGCAAUAAACUGUUUGUCGUCCACCUGCAGAAAAUGCUGGACUACCUGAAGGACAAACGGGACGUGGGGUUUUUCCAGAGUCUGGCGGGACUGAUGCAGUCGUGCAGUGUUCUGGAUCUCAACGCCUUCGAGAGGCAGAAUAAAGCUGAAGGUCUCGGGAUGGUGACGGAGGAAGGAUCAGGUGAGAAGGUCAUGCAAGACGACGAGUUCACCUGUGACCUCUUCCGCUUCCUGCAGCUGCUCUGUGAGGGACACAACUCCGACUUUCAGAACUACCUGAGAACACAGACGGGGAACAACACGACGGUCAACAUCAUCAUCUCCACCGUGGAUUACCUGCUCCGAGUCCAGGAGUCCAUCAGUGAUUUCUACUGGUACUACUCCGGGAAAGAGGUCAUCGAUGAACAAGGCCAGCGCAACUUCUCCAAAGCAAUCAAUGUAGCCAAACAAGUCUUCAACACGCUCACAGAGUACAUUCAGGGCCCUUGUACGGGGAAUCAGCAGAGUCUGGCUCACAGCCGUCUGUGGGACGCAGUUGUUGGUUUCUUGCACGUUUUCGCACAUAUGCAGAUGAAGCUGUCUCAGGAUUCAAGCCAAAUCGAGCUGCUGAAGGAGCUCAUGGAUCUUCAGAAGGAUAUGGUCGUGAUGCUCUUGUCCAUGCUGGAAGGAAAUGUUGUGAAUGGCACCAUUGGAAAGCAGAUGGUGGACAUGUUGGUGGAGUCCUCGAACAACGUGGAGAUGAUUCUGAAGUUCUUCGACAUGUUCCUCAAACUGAAAGAUCUGACGUCGUCAGACGCCUUCAAAGAGUACGACCCCGACGGCAAAGGCGUCAUCUCCAAGAGGGACUUCCACAAGGCCAUGGAGAGCCAUAAACAUUACACCCAAUCUGAGACUGAGUUCCUGCUCUCCUGCGCCGAAACCGACGAAAACGAGCUCUUAGAUUAUGAAGAGUUCGUCGAACGCUUCCACGAACCAGCCAAGGACAUCGGCUUCAACGUGGCUGUCCUUCUAACCAACCUCUCGGAGCACAUGCCCCACGACUCGCGCCUGCAGACCUUCCUGGAGCUAGCCGAGAGCGUGCUAAACUACUUCCAGCCCUACCUAGGCCGCAUCGAGAUCAUGGGCAGCGCUAAACGGAUCGAGCGCGUCUACUUCGAGAUCAGCGAGUCCAGCCGCACUCAAUGGGAGAAGCCGCAGGUCAAAGAGUCCAAACGGCAGUUCAUCUUCGACGUGGUGAACGAAGGCGGCGAGAAGGAGAAGAUGGAGCUCUUUGUUAACUUCUGCGAAGACACCAUCUUCGAGAUGCAGCUGGCGGCGCAGAUGUCCGACGCCGGCGAGCGCUCGGCCAGCAAAGAGGACAGCGAGAGAGAGAAACCCGAGGAGGAGAGUCCCGAGAUGGGCUUCUUCUCCAUCACCACAGUACGAACAGCUCUGUUUGCCUUACGAUACAACGUGAUGCUCUUAAUGAAAGUACUGUCUAUGAAGAGCCUAAAGAAGCAGGUGAAGAAAGCCAAGAAGAUGACAGUGAAGGACAUGGUGACCACACUAGUGUCCUUCUAUUGGAGCGUGCUGCUGGGACUCCUGCACUUCGCCUUCAGCGUCGCUCGAGGAUUCUUCCGGAUCGUUUACAACAGCUUUCUCGGAGGCAGUCUGGUGGAGGACGCCAAGACCAUGAAGGUGUCGGAGCUCCUGGCUAACAUGCCUGAUCCGACUCAAGACGAGGUGAGAGGAGAGACGGAGGAGAGCGAGAAGAAACCCACGGACAGAACCUCACCCGAGGAAGACCUGGCCGAUCUGACGGUGGCCGCAGACGACACCGACCUCCUGUCCGAUAUAUUCGGUUUGGACCUGAAGAGAGAAGGAGGGCAGUACAAACUGAUGCCUCACAAUCCGAAUGCUAGCCUCACAGAUCUGCUCAACACACCCAUCCCUCCUCCGCCUACACCCUCGCCAGACCUCCGCAGGAGACACCAGACGAAGGGCUCUUCAUCCUCAGCAGACAACAGUGAAGCUGCGGAGGAGACCAAAUCCGUGCCUGAGAAAGCCGAAGGGGAAAACGGAGAGAAAGCACCGAAGAAGAAGGAGGAAGCGGUGAAGAGGAAGGUCAGACAGCACCAUGAGCCUGAUCUGCAGGAGUCGGCCUUCUGGAAGAAGAUCAUCGCUUACCAACGCAAGCUGCUGAACUAUUUUGCACGAAAUUUCUACAACAUGAGAAUGUUGGCUUUGUUUGUGGCCUUUGCAAUCAACUUCAUUCUGCUGUUUUACAAGGUGUCCACGUCCUCGGCCGUCUCUGAGGGGAAGGAGGUGUUGUUCAGCUCGUCUUCAGACGCCAGCGUGCGCUGGGAUCCUCUGGGAGGCUCGAGCGCUCGACCCGACGCUGUGCACUUCGUGCUGGAGGAGAGCAGCGGCUACAUGGAGCCCACGCUGAGGAUCUUAGCCAUCCUGCACACCGUCAUCUCCUUCUUCUGCAUCAUCGGCUACUACUGCUUGAAGGUUCCUCUGGUGAUUUUCAAGCGUGAGAAGGAAGUGGCCAGAAAGCUGGAGUUCGACGGUCUGUACAUCACUGAACAGCCGUCGGAGGACGAUAUUAAAGGCCAGUGGGACCGACUGGUCAUCAACACACAGUCCUUCCCAAACAAUUACUGGGAUAAAUUUGUGAAGCGGAAGGUGAUGGAUAAGUAUGGAGAGUUUUAUGGACAUGAUCGGAUCAGUGAACUGCUCGGGAUGGAUAAAGCUGCGCUGGACUUCAGUGAUGCCCAUGGGAAAAAGAAACCAAAGAGAGACAGUUCACUGGCCGCAGUACUGAACUCCAUCGAUGUGAAGUAUCAGAUCUGGAAGCUGGGCGUCGUCUUCACUGAUAACUCGUUCCUGUAUCUGGCCUGGUACAUGAGCAUGUCCAUCCUCGGACACUACAACAACUUCUUCUUUGCCGCCCACCUACUGGACAUCGCCAUGGGCUUCAAGACCCUCAGAACCAUCCUGUCCUCUGUCACACACAACGGCAAACAGCUGGUCCUGACUGUAGGUCUGCUGGCGGUUGUGGUCUAUCUCUACACUGUGGUGGCUUUCAACUUCUUCCGUAAAUUCUACAAUAAGAGUGAAGAUGGAGAAUCACCAGACAUGAAGUGUGACGACAUGCUAACGUGUGUGUGUGUGUGUGUGUGUGAGUGAGUGAGUGCCGGCGGUGGCAUCGGUGAUCAGAUCGAAGAUCCGGCAGGUGACGAGUACGAGAUCUACCGCAUCAUCUUUGACAUCACCUUCUUCUUCUUCGUCAUCGUCAUCCUUCUGGCCAUUAUUCAGGGUCUGAUCAUCGAUGCGUUUGGUGAGCUGAGAGACCAGCAAGAGCAGGUGAAGGAGGACAUGGAGACAAAGUGCUUCAUCUGUGGGAUUGGAAACGACUACUUCGACACGGUUCCUCACGGCUUCGAGACGCACACGCUGCAGGAACACAACCUGGCCAACUAUCUAUUUUUCGUCAUGUAUCUCAUCAACAAGGAUGAGACGGAGCACACAGGCCAGGAGUCCUAUGUUUGGAAAAUGUACCAGGAACGAUGCUGGGAAUUCUUCCCCGCUGGUGACUGUUUCCGGAAACAAUACGAGGACCAGCUCAAUUAAAACACACACACACACACACACGGAUGGCUCUUACAGUGGCGAUUCUAUCAGCUGGAACGCUUUCGACACACAGUGAACAUACAACAUUUCUAGCCGCAGCUGAAGAACCACACUUUCCUGCCAUCUGACGCUUCUUCAUUUCAUCAAUGAACUCACAGACUGAUUGAAGAGGAGGGGAGCAAGACGUCAUGAGCGAACGCUGCACGCUUCUUUAGACGG